AUGAUUUUCAACUUUUUAAACAAAGCAUCAAAUAAAACACAUACUAAAUUAUUAUUAUUCUCAUCAAUUAGAAAUAGAAUUUUAAUUAAUAAUAUUAGUUCAACUUCUAAAUGGUCAUCAAUAAACAACAACAACAAACAAUCAUCAGUAUCAAAAACAAAUAUCUUCAUUAUCACCACUCACAAUAAACAACAACAACAAUUAUCAAAAUCAUUUAGUACAAUUAAUAAUAAUACUAAACCAAUAAGUGAUGUUAAUUUAUUUCAUGAUAUUGUAGAUGAAGAAUUUGAAUUAUUUGUUGACAGAUUGGAGAUUUUAUCAGAAGCAAAUACAUGCGAAGGUUUUGAAGUUGAAGGAAAUGAUGGUGUUUUAACAAUUAUUGUUGGAAAUAAAGGAACCUAUGUAAUUAAUAAACAAACUCCAAACAGACAAAUUUGGUGGUCAUCACCAUUGAGUGGUCCAAAAAGAUUCGACUAUGACUCUGUUGAAAAGAGAUGGGUAGAUAAUAGAGAUGGUACUCCACUUAGACAAUUAUUAAAUAGCGAAAUUAAUACACUUUGUAAAUAUGAUAUGGAAAUUUAA